GAAUUGGGAAGAACGGACACGAAGAGCGCUAGUGUAGUGUUCAGUGUGAUUGUGUUGCUGAAGUACUGUCAGUCAAGUCGUGUGGAGGGAAAACGGAAUUCCAGUGGGGAGGUGCGGAUGCAACCUGUCAAAAGUUGACUGAAAGUUUUAAUUAGGUGGCAUUAAACUUUGGUGAUAAAUUCGGUCACAGAUUAAAAUUUUAGAGACAUACCGACUCUAUACAACUUGAUUAUUGCUUCAAUGGCUCAUUGUCAAUUUAAUCGAAUUGUAUAUUUUGACAUGUGUCAGUUGGUGCCGAGUGUGUGUAUUAACAGUGAAGCGACGCCUUUCUCCAAUGGUUUACUUCCAGAAAACGCAUUUUCAAAACGAUUAAGCCUUGGGAGGAUGAGUGAAGACCAGUCAUGUCAUCGAGUAAUCCAGAGUUGCAGAUGUUGAGGACUGGUGAAACUAGAAGACCAUGGAGGAAAAGAAACCAAGAAUGGCUGGCUCAAAAGUAUCUCAAAUCGCUAACAUAUUUCAAAGUAUGGUACCUGCAAAAGAAACAGAAGCCCUUAGUAGUUCAGUGACAAUAAAAAGCAAGCCAGUGAAAGGGUCAGGUGAUGGACCAGCUGACAGGGAUGCCUCCCCUCCCAGUCAAAUAACAGUGGUACGCACUGAGAGCCAUGUGGCUCGCUUCAACAAUGCUCGAGCUUUGUUUGAGAAGCUCGGGGCAGACAAGUCAACACCUUCUGGACCACCUCCCAUUGUCCAAAGGAUACCAACCUCCUCUCAACCACCUAGUAUUCGGUCUGAUACUUCUCCUACAAGUGCAACUUCUCCUUUGCGUAACAGAAUUUCAAGGUCCCCUUCCCAAGAGCGACCUCUCUCUGAUAUUAUCCCCAUAUCGGUGAGUUGUCCUCCUCCAUCAGUUACUGGUUAUCGGAAGACAGAAAAGGCUUCAGAAGGUCCUUCAAAAUGCAUUAGAAAUGGCCUGCAAACAAAUGGCCUGUCAGAUGACAGUAAAUCUGUUCAAGGUGUUUCAAGUUCAUAUGAGUCAAGUUCUCGUGUACCUUAUGUGAAAGGAGGCAAAGUGAGAGAGAAUGUUUGUGUAAAUGGUUCUGGUUCAAAAGAAGAGCUAAAUGAUGGAGGAAGUUCAGACAGAGAAUCAGUGGCAAAAGAAGGUCACUUUUCACAGUCGUCAUCUCCAGAACCUAGAAAACCAGGCAAACCAGAGAAGCCAGAGAGGAAAUUCAAUAGUAGAGAAUUAAUAGAAAAGCAAAAGAACUGGACCUCCCAUUUUUCAAAAUCUAGAACUUCAAGACACAGUAGUGAGCCAAAUAGAAGUGAAGUGAAAGCAAGCCUUGCGGGAAGUAGUGCGAAUUUGGAAUCUCCCAGUCGAUCCUCUCAGUGGUCUCCUGAUUCCUUGGCAACAUCUGUUUCACCAGCAUCACGAAGUGCAUCAUUCAACACAAGUCGUGUUGCUGUAUCCACAUCAAGCCUGCAAGAGUCCACUGAAUAUUCCAGAUCACCUUCACGAUCACCCAAUACUCCAGAAGAAAAGCAAGAAAAGGAAUUACAAGAAAAAACCAUUGAUCAUUUGCACUAUCCACCAAGUUCAUCGUAUGUAAGAGAAGAAAAAUGUAGAACAACAGAUGGUAGUAGAGAAUCAUCAUAUUCUUCAGGUCGCAGCUGCAGGGCACAAGUUGUUGGGGUAAUUCCUCACGCCAGGAGUGACCAAGCAUCUCAUCUAGCAGCUGAUAGGUCUCCCACAGAUGAAACUCAAAAUAAAGGCAAAAAGGUAGUGUCCUCUGCGCAGCUCACUCUUCAAGGUGCUGAAGUGACUCCCAGCAGGUCUGAGGAAGCUUCUAGCCUCAGUGAUAAUUUCCAAGUUGCAGUGAAGGCAGCCAGUGAUUCAGAUGAUUUCUUAUACAGAAGAGACAACUAUCUUGAGAAUAGGUUAUUUACUGGCCAAGAUGAAAGUGGAUUGCAUAGUGAAUUCAAGACUGAACCAAAUGCUGAAACAUCCCUAAUUUCCAAGGGAAAGAGUGAGGCAGCUACAGAUAGUAAUGCAUUCCCUCUAAGAUCACAAAGUGAUUCCCAAAAUUCCUGUACAAAUACUUGCAGUACAGUUGAUAGUAGGUAUCGAGUUAACAGAAGGAGCGAUGUUGAUAAUAGAAUUUCUCCAAGAACAGUUUUGGAAAGCCCUGUGGAUAGCAGUAGUGAAAUGGAUAUUGUAAAACCUUGUGUUGAUGUUGACAGCAUGGAUUGCAGUCCUAGCAAUCUGACCAGUGGCUCUACCUUUAUUAUAGCUUCUCCAGAAGACAACUUGAUUAUCAGCCCUGAUGAGGCCUUUGCAGAUGCAAGCCGUGCUUCAGGGGACUCGGAACCUACCAGUGUUGUAGCAGUUAGACCCCCUCCCUGUCCAGAUCUUUUGGAGGGGACAAAGAAUCAAGAUUCUCUCCUAUGUGGGUCUCUAACUGGAGCCUCAUCAGAAGGGAGUAUCUUAGACCUUCAAGAUGUGGAAUACGCAGAUGCUGAUGCUGAAGACAGUGAUGAACAUGAAGAAUCUUGUGAAAGCAAACCACUCUUGCCACAGACUAUUCCUGAAAGUUCUGAUUGUCAAACUACUGACUCUGAAAAGAAAGUGAAUGCAAUUAGAACCAUCAGCAAAACUGCAGAUUAUUUAGUGAAUACUCUUCAUAGUGCUCCAGACACUAUGACACCAGAUGAGGCAGAGAAUCUUCUUAGCACUAGCCAAGAAGGGCUGCUGUCAGAUGAAGAAGCACAGGAGAUAACUCAACUUUUGUCUCCAACUGAAGAGAAAGCACGCAAUGAACCACAAUGGUUUAGUGAAGUAACAUCAGUGACUGGGGGCACAGCUUCUCAUGACGAGUCACCUGAAUACAGGGUGAAAAGUGAAACUAGUGAAACUAAUGAAGAUUCUUUGUCAUCGAGUCAAAUUGAAUCAAAGUCAGGUUCAGAAUCUGGGCUUCUUGGAUCUACAAAUAGUCUUGAUGAACAAGACCACAUAGAUUCAACGACAAGACUGGAAGAUUUUGUACCUGUUCCUGGAAAAGUUGUUGUGGUAGAGAAUGGUGUACACUACUUUGAGGAUGGUCAUUUUUGGAUGGAAGUUCCUGGUCUGCCUGAAUCAGAUGAUGAUGACAGUGAUUAUCCUAUUCCUGUAAAAAAGAACACUAAAGUUUCAUUUAGCACUGGUCCGAUCAAAGUGUACAGCACAUUCUCUGUGAACGAUUAUGAUCGUCGGAAUGAAGAUGUGGAUCCUGUAGCUGCCUCAGCUGAGUAUGAGCUGGAAAAGAGGGUUGAAAAAAUGGAUGUUUUUCCUGUUGAACUUACUAAAGGUCCUGAAGGACUUGGGUUGAGUAUAAUUGGUAUGGGAGUUGGUGCUGAUGCUGGUUUGGAAAAGCUGGGCAUAUUUGUUAAAACUAUUACAGAAAAUGGAGCUGCGGCAAGAGAUGGCAGGAUACAGGUGAACGACCAGAUUAUAGAAGUUGAUGGCCGAUCCCUGGUUGGAGUUACACAGGCAUAUGCUGCCUCUGUCUUACGAAAUACUUGUGGCCUUGUGAAAUUCCUAAUAGGUCGAGAGAAAGAUCCACAAAACAGUGAAGUUGCUCAGUUAAUAAAACAAUCGCUGCAGGCGGAUAGAGAGCGAGAGGAACAGCGUCGACAGAUGGAGCAACGAGUACGCAGUGGUGCAGCUGAGAGUUCCUGCUCGGAAGACAGCAGCAUAACCUCCCCAACAGUCUCCCUCACAGCAGAGGGUCCCCCUGUCAGCCCAGGAGGAGCAGCAGACAGCGUCUUUGACCUCGAAGCUCCCAGGUCCCCGUCAGCCACCAAUGAUGUGGAUGCCCUGCGACUCUUAUUACAGGAAAGCCAAUUAAAAUUAGCAAUUGCUGAUAAUGAUGUUGCCAGAUUGAAGUCGUUGGCCCAGUAUGCGGCUUUGGAGAAGAAGUAUUGCAAAGCAAAGAAGCUUCUUCGUGAGUUUCAACAAAGGGAACAGGAUCUCAUCCAUCGAGAAGAAUUUUAUUUGCAGCUCCUUCAGGAGAAAGACACUGAAUACAACGCUCUAGUCAAAAGUUUGAAAGAUAGAGUGAUACAGUUGGAACAAGAGCUGUUGGAAACACAACAGAGAGCUGGCCUCCCUCCUGUUUUACCUUAUGAUAACACAAGCCUGAAGCAACUAACACCUCAACCUCUCCGAAGACAGCAGGCUCCCCCAGUAAAGCCUUUAUUGCAGCAGUUAGAAGCAGAAUUAUCUGAUACUGAAAUAUCAGACAUCAGUCCUGAAGAUGGAGACAAAACUGCAACUGUUGAACGCAAGAUGCCCGUGAAGGAGGAAUUGGACCGUGCUGUUCCCCCUCAUGAAUUGUUGGAUGUAUCUGCUUCAAAAGCGAAGGCAGAGUUAGCCACAAGAGGGGGCCUUGCUGGCAGGCAAUUGCCAUCUGGAAAGAAAAGUGGUGGCCUUAGCAACAGCAGCUCAGAAUACGGGUUAGAUGAAAGCUGUGAUAAUUCAGAUGAAGAGGAAAAUAACACUAAUGAAAAACCCAAAAAUAUGGAAUAUAUUAAAGGCGAUGAAAAUAGAAAUGAAAUUAACACAAGCAUUGUUAAGUCACAAGAAUACCACCAGCAGUCUUCAUCUCUUCCUGCCAAUUCUACUUCUCCAAUUUCAACAUGUAAUGUUGUUACAUCUUCAACACUUACCACAAUGUCAUCAUCUGCCACUACCGUAACAUCAUCACAUGUUCACAGCCUUGUGUCUCAAUUUUCCUCUGCUCAACAGUUGCAGCAGAAGCAGCGACAGCAAUCGUCUUCAGCCCACCCAGUCACUCACCACACAGGUCUCAUUGCCAAAUCCCACUCUCAUUUCAUGUCUUCCACCCCAUCCCCUUCAACACACCCUACCAACAACAUUAGUACCUUGUACACCCCUGCUCCGCAACCCAGCCACGUUCAUCCCCAUCACAUCACACCUCCAAUGGCGGUGAGCCCCGUAGGGGCAAACGCCCAACUCCAACCUAGUCCUGACCCAUGGGCAACAUGCCCUCAGAGGAAAGCUCAAGCCCCUACAUUUGCUAUCGGCCCUCCUCUGGGUCUGGCAGCUCCACCUGCAUCGCUCGCAGAGCAGCUGAAACAAGUGCUGGCAGAGAGGGAACGAAGGAUCUCAGGUGGAGAUGCGUCUCGUGAGACAUCUGGCUCUUUCAAUGACACUAAUAAGGCUAUGACGCAAAGUCUUGCAGAGGAAAUUCGUCAGGCUGUGAAUGAGGCUAAUGCAAAAGUGAAAAAAGCUCCAAUUAGUCAGACCCUUACACCUCCUCAUGGUGGAAAUGUAUGGCAGCAACAAAAUGCAGAACCACCUUCUCCAUCUUCACUGUCAUCAUCUGGAAGUGUUUCUCCGGCUGUGGGAACCGCUGACCCUAGUCCCAAUUCUAGGAAUAUAUGGACUCCAUCUCAUCAGCAGGAUUUAAAUACUGCUUUUUUAGGUCAGAAGGGAACCUCACAUUUUUGGCAAAGUGCACCAGUGACAGAAUGGUCCAAAGAACAGGUUUGCCAGUGGCUCCUGGCUCUAAGUUUGGAGCAACACAUUCCUAAAUUUUUGGAGCAGCAAAUAGGAGGCCCUGCUUUGUUGCAACUGGAAUCAAGGGAUCUGAAGCAGCUUGGGGUGGUUGGGGAAGACAAAAACCGUUUGAAGCGAAAAUUGAAAGAGCUACGAGUGCAAGUAGAGAAGGAACGCAGGCAGCUGGAAAAGGAGCGCAAGGAAAAAGAGCGCCUGCAGCGCAAAGCAGAAAAAUUGGCAGAGAAGGCUGGUAAGAAAAAGCCUUAAGCACUUGAUACAUGGCUGUGGAAAUGCUGGAAGUGAAUGGUUGUAAUUUGUGACUGUGCGAGUGUAUGUGUAAAAAUUUUGACAUGUAAAAUUUAUUUUGUUUAAAAGGCUAGAAGAUUGUAAACAGUUAAAUAUUUCAUUGCUAUGUGUAAAAGACACAUCUCACAAUUUAUUAUACAAAGUUGUGCAGUUGUAAACUUCUUGCACCCACACAGACAUGAAUUGCUAGGAUCUAUCUGCAUAUGUACAACCUUUCACUUUCUGGGAACAGCAUUCAUUCUUAAAAUCUUUAUUUUAACCUUUUUUCCCUUCUACUGGCUUUUCUUCAGUUUGCAAUCAAUAAUUAGUCUCAAAUAGCUUUAAUGUUGGAUAUAAACAACUGUUUGUUGUGAAAAUUUUCCUUAUCUAAAAUGUUAUGGAAAGUAAUUGAUCAAAGAAAAGCAUUUAGCCUAAUUCAUGCUCUCAAUCACGGUGCUGAAUUGGAAAGAAAUAGUAGGCAUUAUUAUUUAUUCUCAAUUUUGUUUCUUUUAAUACAAAUAUAAUUAUGUUUAAAAAUGUACUUAAUUAUAAAUUUGCAUUAUUGAAAUAAUUUCCAGAGAGAGGUUCUGUUCUUCAGAAGAUAAGCAAGAUGGCAGCAAAUUCAUAAUAUCUGUAUAGAAACAUUUCAGUGUUGUUUAGUUAAUAGUAAGAUGUGCUGACAAAACGAGUGCAAUCCAUUUAAAAAUUGUGAAUAUUUGUCCAUUUCAUUACUGUACAUAGAAGAGUAUAAUGUAUAUUGACCCUUUUUUUUAGCUACAUGAGAUCCCCUAUAUAGGGUAGAAAGUCUGUUGUAAACAUGUAAUUAAUAUGUUUAAUUUAUGACAAGAAUAAGAGGUGUUUCCAAAUGUUAACCAAUUGAGGUGCCACAAUGUUCAUGUUUUUCUGAAACAUUUGCAUCUCAGAAAAGAAAUCAAAUGGUCUUUUCUUGAAGUAGAGUUUAUUCAUUUGUGUACAGAAUUUUUGUUGUAAGAAAGGUUAAUAUUUAAGGAAAUCUUAAUUUGUACAUUUAUUGUGUAUUGUGUAAUUCUGGAUAUCACUUCAGAAAGAACAAUGAAUUAAUUGUUGAGAAUAUGCAGUUUAUGAGAAUGUUUAAGAACAUUUAUUUCCUUUUAUUAAAUGUUAUGAAUGACCACAGACAUUGAAGGUGCGUAGAGAAUUAUUUGGCUUUCCACAACUUUCAUACAUUAUUUUCCCCACAAAACUGUCUUGUUCAUUUUGUAAUGCCCACAUUUAAUUUUUUCCUUCGUAGAUUUCUCAUAUGGAUGUCAUUUUUUCUUGUGAUUUGUGGAUAGUUAAUACACUAAAAAAUAAAUCAUAUGAAUAAAAAAAUAUAUUGUUGCUCUCUUAUAAUGGUGAGCAACCACAUUUUAUUACAAUUUUUAGACUCGAUGUCUUGAAGGGUAACAAAAUGUAUAAUAAAAAUUUUCAGAAAUAAAUGAAAAUGUUUUUGACACAAUUUAUGAUUGUUAAUUAAAUAAAGACUAUGAAGAAAUUUAGUUAAUAGAGAGCAUUAUAAUAAAGCAGUAAGAACAAAGCAGAGAAUGACUGAAUGAGUGCCGUAAGUUUUUUGGAAAAAUUUAAUUUAUAAUAUCAAUAAUCUCAGUUCUUUUACAACUUUUUGUUUACAUUGUAUCCAAUUCAAAUUGGAAGAAAAUUAUUAGGAUACUGACUGAGAAAAGAAAACUACCAGUCACAGUCACUUUGUUUUCAUCAAGCUGUCAGUAACAGCUUGAUAUAAGAUUUAUUAACAUUUGAGAUAUUUAUUGCAAAAUAUUUUCUGAUAACUAAUCAUCUCUUAUGAUAACUUGUGUAUCAUGUCUUGAUAGCUUUUGUAGCAAAGUAAAGUAACAUUCAAUUAUCUUCAUGAAAUUUUAAGUUGGUUUAUCUCUUUAUUCACUGAUACAUUUUCAUCUUUGCUGUUUGAUAAAUGAAAGUAAAUAUUGACCUCCAUGUGCUAAUUGUUCAGAACACUGACAUGUUCAUUUUAAAAAAUACAACAAAAAAAUCUGUCUUUAGCUUUUCAUCACCUCUUUACAGGAAAAUAUAGACACAGGCAGUAAAGGAAUGAGACACAGGCAUUGAUUACUUUUGUUCUUGGUCAAGAAAAAUCAAUAAUAGUUCAAUGCUGUUUGAAGUAACACAAAAGAAUAAUUUUCGUUCUCAGUAAUGUUGAUUUAAGCUUUAUUAUUUUACUUCAUCUCUGUUUUGUUCCAUUUAUUAUGUAAUUUACUGGUUUGGUAUAGGGAAAAAUCUCAAAAUGUUGAGAAUGGCAAACAAACAAGGUACUUUCGUAUGUACUUGGAAUAAAAAAUGGAUUAUUAGAUUUUAAGACAUUUGAUAUUGGUAUACACUGCAAUCCAAGGAGUUUGAGUGUUUCAAGUCUGUGGCUCAUGUGGAAACUCAAAUACAUAGUGUUUACAGCAGGAACAAAGAUUUUAGAAUGCAACAUGCAUUAAAUCUCUUGAUUUCUAUUAUGUAAACGGGCAACUCUUAAUGUGUAGUCAUGGUAUAGAUUAUAUAUAUAUAUAUGGAGAGUUCACGUAUUGAUGAGAAAAUAUGAACAUGUAAUGCAACUUUGAGUCCAUUGAAUAAGAAUCUAACCCGUUGCAGUGUUGGAAAUGUUUAAAUUUUAUAUAUUUGUCAAAUACAAUAGUAAUUCUUUAUCCUAUUAAUAUAUAAAAUUAUUGUGAAGGUAAUUUGUUAAGCAAUUUAUUUAUUAAUUGAGUGUAGUGCUAACUAAUGUGGCUAGUGGUGACAGAACUUGUGACCUGUUAGUGAGAAAUAUUUUGUUUUGUAUCCUAUUCUAGAAGACAAUUAAUGCUGUUGAGUAACCAAUGUGCGGUGUUUGCACUUGGAAUUGUUGCAUUUAUUUAUUACUUUUAUAAAAAAAUUGUUUUUAUGGUUAAACUUUGAGCUAUGUGUUAAAAGAAAGAGUGUGGUUUAUCAUGUAAAACAGUAGUUACUAUUUCAUUUGCAUGACAGAGGUCAUUGUGAAUUUUCAGAGAUCCAUGUUAAUAGUGAUUCAGUCCCUUUGAAAGCGAAUUUUGUAAAUAGAAAAUGUAUUGCAUUUUUUACUACUUUUUUUACAAACGAUCAUCAGUAGGCCUAACAAGAGAAUUCAUGUUGCAUAUAACAAGUAUGAUAUUGCUACUUUAGAAUGGCACUUAACAAUGAAAUACGGUAUAUUGCAACAUCUCAAAACAUCUUAAGAUCAUUUCAUCUUGAAUAACGUUUUUUUGUAAAUCUGACAGUGUUACAUUGAUUCAUUACCAUCCAAUAGCAAUACAAAAAGUAGAAAAAAUGUUGAAAAGUUGAAGCAAGUGUGCUUGAACUUUUGUUUCUUUGAAUAAAUGAAUGAAUUUUCAUUGUCAUGGCAAAAUUUUAGUUCCAUACUUUUCACACACUCAACUUUUCAGUGCUGGUAUCUACAAAUUCACAAGUUUGCAGAGUUUGUUUUCUUUGGGGCAUGUUACAUAGGGGUAAGCAUUAUAUUUCGAAUUGUUUUGUUUGACCUAACUCUAUUCUUCAAAUAAUUAUAUAAUUCUCAGAGAGCAAGUCAGUGAUUCUCAAACUAUUUUGCAUUUGAUCUGGUUUCACCAUUGUGUUACUGAAGAUGCAAGAAAAUGUUUGGUGCAAUAGCAAAUAACAUGUAUAUGUAAAUAUUAAUAUAAAGUUAUUAACAUUUUCUUCAAAUAUAAAUGAUUCAUUAUCUUCAGUGUUUUUUUAUGAACACUUGAGGCAGUGACGAGGAUAGACCAAUAAUAGAUUUGUAAGAUUGUUUGAUAAUCACUGCCUAAUUACACAAGUUGAUUUUAUAAAUAACGUUACUAUUCAUGUAAAAAAUGACAAAUACUGUGAAACAAAAGGUACAAAUUAAAUACUGUGUUGGUACUUAUAAAAAUUACAAGCAAAUAGAAUAUUAUAUGAGAAUUUUGUUUAGAUAAACUAAGAGUAUGAUAUUGCAGCUUAGCAUAAGUUCCUCUUCCUUGGUGUCCAAUUACAUAAACAUUCAAUAUUCGAGUUUCAUUCUGUACUGUUCUUCACAUUGCUCUAGCAGAUGUUUUAGUCAGUUCUUACAAGAAGCAAAUCAUAGCCCUAUUGUGAGAUGAAAAUGUAAAAUAUGUUAACUGUAUCAGACAAAUGAAGUACUGAUUCAGCAUUGAUGCAUAACUGGUCAGGAAAAAAAAAAAAAAAAAGA